CGUCUCCGCUUUACCAUCCCCAGUUCUGCCGCUGAAGCUCCAAGUUUGUCCUGUGAAGUCAACCAGAAACCCUAGCAUUCGUCGCGAUGAUCCCGAGCAAGAUCCCGACGGAAUCCGACUUGCAGGUCGAUGCCCCUCCGGUGAGGGUGAGGGCUCUCACUGCGGCCACGCAUGCCGCGAUCCAGCCGUCCUCUCCAAGCUUUUUCUUCUCCGCCGCCGCCGCCGCCGCCGCUGCCAACCCCUCCGCUGGAUCUCAUCGCCGGAUCGCCAUAGCUGUCGACCUCAGCGACGAGAGCGCCUACGCCGUUAAGUGGGCCGUGCAGAAUUACCUCCGCCCUGGGGAUGCAGUCAUCCUCCUCCACGUCCGCCCCACUUCCGUCCUGUACGGCGCUGACUGGGGUGCUAUCGACCUCUCCGCCUCCGCAGAUGCGGACUCGGAGGAAGCCGGCUCCGAGGAGUCGCAGCAGAAGCUGGAGAGUGACUUCGAUGCCUUCAUGACCACCAAGGCGGAGGAUCUUGCCCAGCCUCUUGUCGAGGCUCAUAUCCCCUUUAAGAUUCACAUUGUGAAGGACCACGACAUGAAGGAGCGGCUUUGCCUAGAGGUGGAGAGGCUUGGGCUCAGCGCCGUGAUCAUGGGCAGCAGGGGCUUCGGAGCCUCAAGGAGAACCAGCAAGGGGAGGCUUGGAAGCGUCAGUGACUACUGCGUUCGCCACUGCGUGUGCCCGGUUGUGGUGGUUCGUUAUCCGGAUGAAGGUGGCAUAGCUGGAGGCAUCGCGGAGGGUGGCAGUCCUGUGGCAGCCAGGAGAUCUUCAGAUAAAGACACCGAGCUGCAACCAGUCCCAGAAGAAGACGAGUACCAUGAUGCUUCGAAUCAGCAUAAAGGUAACUGAGUAUAUCUGACGCAGCCCUCUCUCAUCCAGUUUGUUUGCUUCCUGUUCGUUGGUCGAUACUUUCCUCCAAGCUUGACUGCACCAAACUUGGCCAAAUAUCUGAUUGAUGUUGUAUCUUUUGGUAGACUUGGAAGCUCAGUGCUGAGAUGUUAUAUCCAACUGAGGAAGCAGAGGUGUAUGUUUCAUCAUUUUUUUACUGCUUUUGGUUUCACA